AUGGAGACCUUCCCCACCGAUCCACCCCGCAGGGCCCGUCGAUCAUCCAUCUCUAACCACAUCCACCGCGUCUUUGGCAAAUCUAUGGAUAAACGACACAAUCAGAAUAGUGGAUUUGUUCCCCCAGUUCCCUUUCUCGCCCGCGAAGCUCUCGCACAUGAGGCCACCGAUAGUAAUUCCCAUGCGAGGCACUCCUUGUACGAUGAGACAGGGCCGAGCUCGGUCUCUUACUCCUCCAACUCUCGUUUACCCUCCACUGGUACACCUGGCUCAAGUCUAUCAGUCGCAAACGGGGCACCUGUGGAAAAUGAUACCCCAACCCAACAAAUGACGCCCUUGCCAAUCUAUCCCGACGGAGAUGGAGACAAUAUCUCCAAACCAACCUUGGAAAGACCCAAGAAGAAAGAAAAAGAAAAGCGUGUCACAAAGCGCCUAGAAGCCGAGAGAAAAGAACUCGAGAAGCGGUUGCUAGCACUCGAGGAAUCCCAAUCCCAGGGCGAUAUCGGAAUCCAUGACAGAAACUCUCGCCGUUUGACCAAGAAACAACCAGUGAGCAGCUCAAGCAGAAGCUCCAGUGCGAAUGCAGAGCGUCCGAAAUCGUCAAGUAGCCUGUCCUCGAUAUUCCGGCGAUCACGCCGGAAUUCACGUUCGAGUGAUCAAGAUCCGUCUGCCGAGUUUAACCAGCUUAGGACAGAUACGAACCCACCAUCUCUUCCGUUGACUCUACCGGAAAGGUUUGGAACGGCUAUCACCCGAGAGCUACAGUCCAAGCAUGGCACCGCACUGAACCUAUCCGCUUCGAACAAAAUGUCCAACCCAACCCAGCACAACCGGUUGCACGCCACGGCGAAGUCUGAUGACCUUCGUGAGAACUGGAAGAUGGCUGAAGCCUGGAAGACAGCCGAAGCCUGGAGGACGAAGGAUGGACAUGAAUCCAAUCGAUCAGUGUCGGAGCAGAUUCCCACUGUUACUCGGUCCGUGGUUGGAAACUGUGCUAGAAACGGCGAGACACUAGUGUCCUCCGGCGAUCUGGAUAAGGAGCUGUUUUCUGCAGCGCUGAAGCAUGACAGGAAGAGUAUGCCCGGGGCAGAAUAUCCCGGUGAUCGUGUGACUCGUCAAGACCGUUCUGUCAGGGCUACUAGCAUGCCAAUGUCGCAAUGCUUGAGCCAGCCUAACUUAUAUUCACCCGGUCAUUCGGAUUCGCCUACUCAAGUUACCACGGCUCGUCAGUUACAGGAAAUGACACCCCCAGAAACUCCAGACAAUCCGUCAACUCUAUCUGGUGCCAAGUCUUACCAACCACUCAGCCUAGCACAAACAAACUCCACGGGAAACCUUGCCAGGAUGAACCGAGUGGAUCCCUUCCCGCGAGCAUACAAGUCGUCUCCCCUCGCGUUGAAUCCUGCAAAUACAGAUGAAUCGGCCCAGAGUUAUUUCAAGAUUCCAAGAUCCCUGACAUUACACAAACCUAACCAUGAGAACCCAUCCCAACCAUUACACUCUCCUGGGCAAUCUCAUCCCGAGGAUCGAGGAAGAAGUCGAUUGCCUACCGCUUUGUCGAAUACCCCCAAACGAACCUCAAGCCGUUUCAAAGAAAACUUCCACGAAACUUCGCAGUCGGUCGAAAUGCCACCGAUUCCAGUCAAGAGUGAAAGACGGAGUCUCGAGAUUCGGGGAAUGCCAACUGCGUCAACCGAUACGGUCAAAGACAUCCCGGCGUCUCCCUGCCAGGUACCCGUCAGAACUCCAGUACAUGCAGGAAGUGUUUCGCCCGGUGAGAGAAACAGCCGAACAUCCAAGGAUCUGUCGGAUAGUAACACCGUUCCUGCGAAAUCUCCCCGUCGGUAUUCUCACGCUUCCACCGGACCCCCAGAGGAUAAUAUUCUUGCUGGAGAACCUAGAGGGCUCAUGCCAGGACAUAGCCGCUGUCCUUCACAUAACUCCUCCCAUGACGGUCAUUCAAAUUAUGACACUGCCGACGAAGAUGCACCUGAACCCUCUGAAUUCAAACGCGAUUCAGCGAAUCGCGUGGAUACUAGUCCUGCAAUUUCCGCUGUCGAAGCGCCAGUCGUGCAUGAGGCUCCCGUUAGUCCACUCAUUCAACCCAACACAUCGCCAGGUAUCCAACCUGGCAACCAACCUGUCUUGCAGCCCAUCCAGCAGCCCGCGUCUCACCCUGAUACUUAUCGCGGCAUACAGUACGGCCCUCAAUAUGGCACUCAUCCCGGCAUGCAGCCCAGCAGCCCCCCGGGUACCCAAAGCGGCAGCCCCCAAGCCCGACCAGCUCCCAUGAGCAUCCUCAAGAGAAGAUCCCAAAAAGCGAAAACAGCCCACAGCCCACAAACCCUCACCAAGAUCUUCGUAAUCUGCUGCCGCUGCAAGUACUGGCACGACCUACCCUCCGAAGUCUACGCGCGUCUCGCCUGCCCCGAGCGUCUGGUCUCAGAUUCCAAAGUGGACCGAACGCGCUCCAAAACACAGCCCGACACCGGUACCCGCAAGUUGACAGGCUCACGAUCUCUGCCAUUCGGUCAAUUACCAGCUGCACAUGCUGCCCAAGGCAUGCCCGAUCUACGGCCUGCGCCUCUUCUACCCCGCAAGGUGACCUGCUGCUGGUGUGGACAUAAUAUGAGCCGGUCUUGUUGUGAGGGUUGGACUACUGUCGUUGAGAUGUGUGAGCGGCACCAUUAA